UUGUAUGUUUAAUUAAUUAUUUUCUCCGAAUUAUUUUCUGUGCGUAAUACAAGAAUCUGGAAGAAAAUAGUCUUAUUUAUAUGUUCAAGAAAACUUUAAUUGUUUUCUUCUUACGUUCAUCUCAAUCUCUUUGCUCAUUAAUAAUUACUCGUGUGGAAUUUUUUUUAUUGAUAUGAAGAGAUGUAGAAUACAAGGAAAGAAGAGAGGGAACACUAUUACAGACUAAGCAGCUUCAUCUAUGAGCAUCUUAAAAUUGAGCUGACAAUGUAUGUAUCUAAAACGUUAGUUUCUCGAGUCAAAACCAAUGAAUGCUUACAUAUGAUGACUAUAGGUAUAUAUUUAUGAUAACUAUAGGUAUAUACAUAUAUUCUCAGCAGAAAAAGCAAUUUUGCAGGUGUAAGAACCUUUAAGAUAUGACUUGUUUAUGUAUGUAGAUCCAACGAGGAACUAAGGACAAGAUCAAUCAUAUUAAAAAAUUACGUAUUCUGAUCGGAAGUUAAUUGUACGGCUAGUGGCGCCGUCUAACGGUAAGGCAGUGACGAGAUAAUGUUAAAUGCGUUCCGUACCGGUCGAGUUGCAUUCGUAUCUCAUACAUAUACAACAUAUACAUAUACAUAUAUUUAUAUUCGUAAUGUGAGACCUCGACGGGGUCCAGUAGCGAGAAACUCGCUUCGAUUCACACAAUAUAAUUUCGCGUACCGCCCUCACGGUAAUAGAACGAAAAUUACUUUUAUUACCCGGCUUCAAUUACUCUCGUUAACACGUCACGCCGAUUUGUAACAAUCGCAUUCACCUUACGCGGCAUAUAUUUUCAAAGAGUCUCACAAUGUAUGCCACACACCGCCUAGCGAUGGGGUCCUUCUUUGCCCAAAGCGAGAUUAUCUCGCGUCUUUCUCUAAUGCUCUUGUACUAUCUCGAGUCGUUCUCUAUUACUCUUAUUACGACUUAAUAGUACAGCUGUCGCUACGUGUAUACACACACGCACGCACACACAGAUAUAUAUAUAUAUAUCCUUCUCUCUUUAUAUCCCUUCUCGCGCGUUCUGCACCGCGCCUCUUCCUCUCUUUUAUAUUCAUUCACCGUCUCUCGACCCGUCCAUCCACCUCUGUUCUCUCCUCCUCUUUCGGCCUCCGUCGUCGUGGCCGCCGUACACAGCUGCGCUGCUGCGACUUGCGAGCUGUUUGUUGGUGCGUUUCACUCUCGAUCGCUCGUACUUUCUCUCUCGUUUGUCGGCUGCAACACCCUCCUUCUGCCUUCGUCGUGUUGGCCGCUCGCGUUCCUUCCUCUUUCCCGCCCGGCCACCCGCUCGCGCUUUGGUCUCCGUUUCCUCCGUGCCGUGCCCUUCGCCUCUUUCUCCAACCUCCGGCGUCAGUGUUGUAGCGAGCGCGGAGGGCCGGAGCCAGAAACACGCGGCGCGGCCAUGUUGACUCGCUCCGAUCGCUCGCUCGUCUCGCCUCGCUUUGCUUCGCUUCGCUUCGCUUCUUCGUCGAGUGCGACGCGGCGCGAGCGCGACGCGGAGCCGAAGUCAGAGUCCUGUCCUCCUCCUCCUCCUCUUCCUUUUUAUCGUUCGACGCCGCGGCGUUGUUGUUAAUUGUGCGGGCCGCAACCGGCCGCGUGCGCACGUGUCCGAUGUGAUUUUUCGCCUUGUAAAAUCGCGUAAUAAUCGCUACUCGCUCAUCCGGGCCGUUUGUGCGUGCCUACGGUGCGUGCAUACGUUUGCGCGGGCGCGCGUGCGUCUACCAUGUUCAUACACGCACUCUAUGAAUUCGCGUGUGGUAGCGCGAUCGCAUUCCGCGAACGCUUAGAACGAUGAUGGAGUGAGUGAGAGAGUACAGAGAAAGGGGUGUGUGUGUGUGUGCAUGUGUAUGUGUGUAUGGUACGUGUACGUGUAUGUGUAUGUGUGUUACGCGAGUAAAUCAUCGUAAGGAACAUUUGCCUCCGCGAGAUGGAGGAACUGCACAACGGGGUUGUCCUCAUCAAAUAUGAGCCUCGUUCAAGGUGUAGAUCGUGGGAUGACGUAGGACCGGGCAAAAUGGAAACAGUUAGCGGGAAUUCACACACGCAUCAUUCCUCGUUAGAGACCAGCAGGUCCAACACGUCCACGCAGUCUGCCAGAAGCGAGGAUUCCUGGUGCUCGGCGUCGGAUCACGAUCUCUCCUCCGAUGACGAAAGCGAAAAGAGCAAUAUCAGUAUUAAAAGCAACUGUCAAUUGAGAAACACGUUGCAUAAGGCGCGCACGCUUUGCGACAAGUGGCGGUUUCAGAAUAUGCCGGUGAACAAUGUAGACCUUCUGGAAUCUCCAGGGAACCACGGCCGCCUCGCAAGGUGGUUUAGCAUCCGUCGGGGUUCCGUACACCAUUAUGAGGUCGAUUCCUCGGACACAGUGUCUCUGACCAGUCCAGUCAAAACAUCGCAAAUGCCACAACUCUGUGAAGUCGAUGAAGAGAACAGUGCUAUAGUACAAUUUCAAUGCAUGCAACAGCGAAGACAAGCUCCGCCUACGCUUCCAUCGCCACCUUCGAACUUGUCUCCUCAGCAACUGAAACGUAGACAUAUUGUGGCCGCGAUAGUACACUCCGAAAAUAGUUAUGUAUCUACUUUGCAAAGACUGGUAAACGAUUACAAAAAACCAUUGGAGGAAUCUUCGCCACCUAUAUUGAGUCAGUCUAAAAUCGCGACGUUGUUUCAUAGGCUGCCUGAAAUUUUACAAUGCCAUACAUUAUUUAGAAUUGCUUUAGCAGAAUGUGUACGAUCCUGGGACAAGGAUGAAAAGUUAGGAGACGUAUUUGUCGGGAGUUUUAGCAAGGCUAUUGUUCUUGACAUUUAUAGUGGCUUUAUAAAUAAUUUUUCUGUAGCGAUGGAUUUAGCUAAACAAGAAUCGAAAAGAAAAACCGCACUCGCCGACUUUUUUAAGGUGAAACAAAUCAGUGCUCACGAUAGAUUAUCUUUCUUUGGAUUAAUGGUCAAACCUGUACAGAGGUUUCCUCAAUUUAUAUUGUUUUUACAAGAUUUAUUGAAGCAUACACCACAAGGACACCAUGACAGAAUGUCGCUGCAAUUAGCGUUAACACAGCUCGAGAGUUUGGCAGAAAUGCUGAACGAAAGGAAACGAGAAGCGGAACAAUUCCAAGCAUUUAAGGAAAUGUUGCGGCAUGUUUCCGGAAAGUUAUCACAUCGUCCACUUUCUUCAACGUCUCGUUAUCUUAUUAGAGAGGACAAUGUCACACAAAUGGAAUUUAAUCAAAAUGGCAUGAUAACGAAAUCUAAGAGAAGAAGGCUGUUGUUACUAAACGAUUUAGUAGUGUGCGUUUCCGUAACUCCGAGAUCCACGGAGGAUUUUUCAGGAAACGAACGAUUAACGUUAAAAUGGACAUAUCCAGUGUCAGAUAUUGAGAUUCAAGACACGAGCACUUCUCCGACUUUAAGUCGAUUACUCACCGCUGGUUUGAAUAAGGGCGGCAGUUUAAAAUCUGACAAAAGCGGAGAGUGUGGACAAGCAGCCGAUGCGGACAAUCUCUGUGUAGAGAUGAACGAUCUUAUGCAUGAUUACGAAGUGAUGUCCAGAAUAAGUGAUUUAGUGGCCCAAUUAAAAGGCAGAUACGAGGGGAUGACGCUUCAGACUACCAAGCAAAUUCUGCAAUCGAUACAAAUGUCGAUACAGCAGAAAGAUGAGGAUAUGGUAUGGGCUGAUAGUUGUUGUCUCCAGCUAGUCACAAAACAAGGUCAAAUGUACACGUUUCAAACAGAAAACCCAUUAGUAAAAAAGGAUUGGAUAACGGAGCUUAGACUGGCGCAAUUAGCUUUGGAUCCUAAUAACUCUCCCUCGUGGGAAGUACCUGAACAAGAGCAAAGGCCGUCCACGAAAAUGCCACUUUUCGUUAGUUCACAAACCGUCUAUCAUUCGCAACAUCAGACUGAAGUGCGUUGCGGUUGUUAUUAUUCUGUUGAAAAUUCACGUCCCACGAGACGACGCGGUAGAAGUCAAAAUUACUUAUGGAUAUGUACAGGAGAUGGCAUAUCUAGCCACGUAACGAUUUUCGGUCAAUCGACAACAGCUUCAGCGACUUGUUUGAAACGUAUAACUACUUUUGAUCUGGUUGAAACUAGAGUGAGCGCUAUCGAGUUUGUAAAAGGAGUGUCCAGCGAUUUUACCACGCUCGCCAGCGAUCUUAUAUGGAUGGGUACGGAUUCUCGGAGGAUUAUAAUUUAUGCCGCGACGGAACCCGAGAAAGAAGAAGAGAUUGGCAGUUAUCCUGUUUCGGGGCCUGUAAUAGAAAUCAAGUAUCAUUGCGACAAUGUUUUCGUAGCUUUAGGCAUGGGCUUAUUACUUUUGUUUAAACGACAAGCUGAUGGCGCAUGGAAUUUGAAAGAUCCUUUCAGCAUAUCAUUGGGUAACGAUCCUGUCUCGUGCUUAAUGCCAAUCAAUACGUCAGUUUAUGCCGCUUGUGGCAAGAAGGUGUGGGUACUUAACGCUACUUCGGGCGACGUCAUCAAGAGUUUCAAUGCGCAACAUGAACAUGUCGGGAAUGUGAAACUCAUGGCCCAUUCUGGAGUUGGUCUUUGGGUCGCUCUGAAAAACUCUAGCACAGUUUGCCUUUAUCAUACGGAAACAUUUAAACAUCUGCAGGACAUUAAUAUAGCGUCCAAUGUGUUGAGAGUGACGAAAAUGAAUAAUCCUGCAAACUCAUGCGCUGGCACCCUCACUGUUAAUAAUCAAACUGCGGUCACGGUCACGGCACUUUUAGCAUGCAAGGGUCUUUUAUGGGUCGGUACUAAUGUAGGCAUUAGUCUGACUAUUCCACUACCGCGAUUGGAAGGCGUACCUAUUAUCAGUGGUCGUGUCAAUAUCUCGUAUCACGCCCACUUCGGACCGAUUACCUUUUUGCUGGCGAUACAGAAUACAAAGAAUACAGUGUACUCUGCGAAGGAACGAGUUAAUGUUGAUGACGAAAGUGUACAAUUGAGGGCGAAAGAUGCCGAGCAGAGAUCGCGUGACAGAACGAGUUUAGAUUCUUCUAUGUGUAGCAAUAUCGUGAAAUUGAAACAACAGUUAACGGGAAGCCCGGUGAUGUUGAGGAGAAAGCGAAGCAAGGAAUAUGACUGCAGAGGCUCGAAAACGCUUCCUAGAGGAUUAGGCGCUGGCUGUGGAUUUCUGUCGAGCUCCUUCUCCAGCUCGCAAAGUUCCGGUGAAAACUGUGACGUUUACGGACUGUAUGGUGAAUUGAUGUACGUGAAAGAUUACGAAAAUGAAAACAAUUCAGGUAUAGAUCCCAUUUACGAGUCGUUGAGAAGAAGCGAUCCAGAGCUGGCUGCCAUACCAAAUAAAGUGAGUACCUUGGAUCGUAGAUUAAAAAUGAAAAUCACUAGGCCUAGAUCACUGGAUCUUUCCAACUGGUCGGUGGACUCUCACACCAGCUCUUUGUACACAUCUUCCGGAUCGGAGGAGAACUUGUCUCUAAAAACUGGAAAAUUAUCGCGUAAUAGUAGCAUAGCUAGUCGUAACGGUCCCUACGACCUCUCUACACCUAACAAUAGCGUAGUAGAAUCGGGAUUGGAAGCAACGUCCGCGACUAAUCUCAAGGCGAAUGGCAAGAAAAAUGGCAAAGCGAUUCAGCAAGUAGAUCAACCCAAAAGAACGGUGCUAACACUGAUGGGUGGACGCGGUUAUAUCAAUUGGAGGCAACUCCACGCGCAAUCCAGUGUUGACAAGAAUUCAAAAUCGACUUACGUGUUUAAAGAUCCUAACAGCAACGACGCACAUAUCGUCUUAUGGGAGAUGAAAUUAUGAUAUACGAUCGCGUUUUUAGGUCAGUCGUUAUACAUGGUGCGAGAAGCGAAACUUUGACGCUGAUAUGUAUGUAUAGUAUAGUAGACAAUAGGACCAAAAGAGUACUGAUAAUGCUUUAAAUAAGAUUGUUGACAAUUGUAAAGGACUAUCGAACACAUGGUAUAAUCUCGAUUGCGUACGAGUAUCCGUGUCUUUUCGGAUAGAUGUUUCAUUAGUAUUGAUUGUUCUAUUUUAAAGCGAUGUAAAUCAAGCUGGUAGAAUCAACAAAUGAUUCGAGAGUAUUAGAAUAUUGAAUGUCCCUCGAUCAAUUAUCAAGAUACUUAAUAGGGACUGCAGGUUUUUUAUGAACAAUUUUUCUUUUAGAGAAGAAUAACGCUUUGUUAACUAAAUAUACACUGAAAUAUAUAUGGAUUGUUGCAGCGCAUGACGAGAUCAAAUAAGUCAAAUAUCGGAUACUCUCGUGCGUCAAAAGUGUUGCUUCUAUUGCAUAUGAAAAUAACUAAUGUCUCAAUAACAAUAUGUCACUUCUAGAUUUAAAAUUUUUGGAAAUUUAUGAUCUGUAUUUAAGAUAUUACUUGAAUCUCGCGUUAGUGUAUAAUAAAACAUGUGAUAAGCCUGAAAAAUCAUGAGAAGGGGCACAAAAACGGAACUUAAAUGGAGCUUAAACAUAGUUCCACGUUGUGAAACGUUUUACAUUUAAUAUCCGUGACAUAUGAGAAUAAUUGCUACAAAAAUGUUCCGCUCUCUUAUACUAUAAUAAAUGUUCGCACUCAGUUAAAACUAACACAUCGUUGUUCGCGCGCGUACGCGUUAUAAUUAAAAUUUAGAUGAUUAGCCGAGUCUUUAAACAACGCGCUCAUACGCGAAAUAUUCACCAUAUGUGCUGCAGAAACGCUGUAUUUACAUUAGAUAUUUUAAUUUACAUUGUUAUAAACGAUUACUGCGUUGUUUCAUAUUGAUAUGUAUUAUCUACGCAAUAAUUUCGAUGAAAAUCUAUCGAGCGUUUUCUGAAAGUUAUUCGAAUUUUAUACAUUAUGUCGAUACGUGGUAUUAUUUUGUUUUUAAAAUACGUAUGUGUAUUGACUUUUGUUUUAAACAGUAAUCUUUCGGUUGCUUUUGCAUCGAACAAGAUUUAGAGACAUCUAGAUUUAAAUAUAUCAAAGUUCAUCACAUUUAAAAAAACUGUAGCAGUACAAUUUACGCCAAAUUGUGCGGGCACAACUUUGUAGAAAAUAAUACCGUUUUGAUAUUCGACAUAAAGUUUAUAAAGUUUCAUAGUGUGUGUAAUAUAAGACAAAAUGAUACAUCUGUAUCAAAAUCAAUUUUGCGAAAUUAUAAACUUUUAUUCCGCUACAGGGAAUCAAUCAUGUAUUUUU